UUUUUUCUUCUGUUUCUGCGGCCGAGCAGAGGCGCAUCCCUGUUUGGAUCGGCUGCUCACAUCAGUGGACAGAAACCAAUGCGGGUUGGUCUCAGACAGGACACGGAAUCAGAUCUUUCCUUCAGCUGUUCGAUCCGGCAGCGCGAGCGCUCCGGUCGGAGUGAUGGCGGGGCCCGGACAGUGCCAGCAGCAGCAGCAGCAGCAGGUGGAGGAGAAGGCAGAGCCUUUAGAUGAUGCUGAGAUGGCUCUGCAGGGCAUCAACAUGCUUCUCAACAACGGCUUCAAGGAGAGCGACGAGCUGUUCAAGAGAUACAGGACGCAGAGCCCGUUGAUGAGCUUUGGGGCAAGCUUCGUCAGUUUUUUGAACGCCAUGAUGACGUUUGAGGAGGAGAAGAUGCAGAUGGCCUGUGAUGACCUGAGGACCACUGAGAAACUGUGUGAGAGUGACAGUGCUGGAGUGCUAGAGACGAUCCGGAACAAGAUUAAGAAGAGUAUGGACUCCCAAAGGUCCGGCGUGGUGGUGGUGGACCGCCUGCAGAGGCAGAUCAUUGUUGCUGACUGUCAGGUGUAUCUCGCUGUUCUGUCGUUCGUCAAACAGGAAAUCUCAGCAUAUAUCAAAGGAGGCUGGAUUCUCCGUAAGGCGUGGAAGAUGUAUAAUAAAUGUCACAGUGACAUCAGUCAGCUGCAGGAGACCUGUCAGAGGAGGUCCUCUGGCAGCCAGGAGCUCGUCUCAACCGACAACGCCAACCACAACGCUCCGGUGGAGAAUGGCGUAACGGCCGAGGCCCUGGACAGGCUUAAGGGCUCCGUCAGCUUCGGCUAUGGCCUCUUCCACCUGUGCAUCUCUAUGGUUCCUCCACACCUGCUCAAGAUUAUCAACCUGCUGGGUUUCCCUGGAGACCGACUCCAGGGUCUGUCCUCUCUCAUGUACGCGAGUGAGAGCAAGGACAUGAAGGCACCACUAGCUACGCUGGCCCUCUUGUGGUACCACACCGUCGUGCUGCCUUUCUUUGCUCUGGACGGCUCCGACACAACCGCAGGCCUGCUGGAAGCCAAGGCUAUUCUGCAGAGAAAGUCAGUCGUUUACCCCAACUCCUCGCUCUUCAUGUUCUUCAACGGACGAGUUCAAAGGCUGGAGUGCCACAUCAACAGUGCUUUGGCCUGCUUCCACGAUGCGUUAGAGCUUGCGUCAGACCAAAGAGAGCUCCAGCAUGUGUGUCUUUAUGAGAUUGGUUGGUGCAGCAUGAUAGAGCUGAAUUUUGAAGAUGGCUUCCGAGCGUUUGAGCGACUGAAGAACGAGUCACGCUGGUCACAGUGCUACUACGCCUAUUUGACUGGAGUGUGUCAGGGGGCUGCUGGGGACCUGGAUGGAGCGAAUGAAGUUUUCAAAGAUGUUCAGAAGCUGUUCAAGAGAAAAAACAACCAGAUAGAGCAAUUUGCUGUCAAAAGGGCUGAUAGACUGAGAAAGGUCUCGUCUACCAGACAGCUAUGCAUCCUUGGGGUAGUCGAAGUCCUUUAUCUUUGGAAAGCCCUUCCAAACUGCUCACCGUCUAAGCUGCAGAUAAUGAAUCAAGUGUUGCAGAGUUUAGAUGAACCUUCAUGCAGAGGCCUGAAACAUCUCCUCCUUGGUUCUAUUCAUAAAUGCCAUGGAAACAUAAGAGAUGCUGUUCAGUUCUUCCAGCUGGCUGUUAGAGACGAGUAUGGACGGCAGAUCAACUCAUAUAUUCAACCUUAUGCCGUCUAUGAGCUGGGAUGUAUACUUCUUGCAAAACCAGAGACAGUGGCGAAGGGGAGAUCGUUCCUACUUCAAGCCAAGGAGGAUUUUACAGGCUACGACUUUGAAAACCGGCUUCAUGUUCGCAUCCAUUCAGCUCUGGCUUCUUUGAAAGAAGUAGUGCCUCAGUGAC